AGAGAUCAGAAAUGGGAAGAGCUCCAUGCUGUGACAAAGCAAGUGUAAAGAGAGGGCCAUGGUCUCCUGAAGAAGAUGCCAAACUCAGACAACAUAUUCACAAUUUUGGAACUGGAGGCAACUGGAUUUCCCUCCCUUCCAAAGCUGGUCUUGAGCGAUGUGGGAAAAGUUGCAGACUGAGAUGGCUCAACUAUCUCAGACCCAACAUCAAGCAUGGUCAUUUCUCUCCUCACGAAGAUCGUAUCAUCUGCUCUCUCUUCACCGCCAUCGGAAGCAGGUGGUCGAUUAUUGCCGCUCAGUUGCCGGGGCGGACCGACAACGAGAUAAAGAAUCACUGGAACACGAAGCUGAAGAAGAAGCUAAUGAUGGGGUUAAUUUCAAUCCCGGAGAUCAAACCAAAUCCGGCCGCCGUAUCAUCUAUCACCGGAGUUUCUCCGCCGCCGCAGACGGCUGCCGGCGUGUGGUCUUUCGCCGGUCCGGCGAACCCAUCUCCGGGCUGCAACGAUUCCGUGGGUUUGAAUAAUAAUAUGCAGCGGUAUUACUACGGUAAUCAGAUUCAAGAAAACUUCCUCUCGUUCGGAGGGGAUCAGGCCAGUUGCAGCUCUUCCGACGGCGGCGGCGGCGGCGGAGGAAGCUAUGGGAAAGAAAUGGGGCAUUUUCAAAAUGGGUUUUACGGCGGCGUUGAAGAUCAUCACCGGAAACAACCCAUUGGUGUGAUGGGGAAUGAAGGUGGGUGGAGUGAGAAGGAAAUUGGGGUGUGGAAAGAAGAAACUCCAUUAGAGUGCAGCUUUGAAGAAAUCAAGAGGUUAAUUAGUUGCAGUGAUGAUAAUAAUAAUUAUAAUAAUAAUAAUAAUGUUUGUGUUUCAUUUGAUGAAAAUUACAAGAGUGGAGAGAGAAUCAAUAACUAUUAUUAUUGAAUUUCAAUUGAAUUACCACACUCUCACUAGUCUUGUCUCUCUUGAAUUCUGUCAAUAAUUAUUCCAAAAUGUGUGAAGUUUUUUUUUUUUUUUUUCCUUCUUCAUUUGGUAUUCGAUAUUAUUGAUUUGAAUGUGACAAGCAAUGCUGAA